GUUCUCUUCUUCUUUUUUUUUCCUCUCAACUUUAUUUUCUCAGAUUUUUUUCUCUUCCAUAUUAAUUUUAAAGUAUUUUUUGACAUCAACUUGUUGGUGCUGGUCUCUUUUUUAACCCUAUAAAUCCCACAGCUUCUUUGCUCUAAAUCCCUUUCUCCUUUUCCUUCUCCUUCCCUCCUUAAGAAAAUCUUUAGCAUCUUUCAUACUCUCUGUUUUUCUUUAUUUACUCUGUGUCUAAGAUAUAGAAUUUUUUUUUUUCUCAAAGCUCUAGCUUUGAACUAAAGCCAUCUUCCAAUUUGGCUUCUUUUCCUUUUAAUCUUGAUCUUGGGUUUCAGUUUCUUGAAUCCUAAAUCAACAGCCCAUUUCUUAGUUCACACACACAUGCACACUCUGUCUCUCUCAAUUUCUUGACUUCCAAUCUCAAAAAGUUGCCAACUUCUGUACUGGGUUGGUGUUUUUGAGACUAAUUAAUAUCUCCAGCAUCAGUUUAAACGAUUUUCCUUGUGGGGUUUUUUUUUCAAAAGUCAAUCUUGAUGCUAAAUAUUUUGUUCUUGAUGUUUGAGAUUCAUGUCUCCAAUUCUCAGUGAGCUUUUCUUUUCUGGGUGUAUGAUCAAUUCCACCUUCAGGCGCAGGACCCAUCUUGUUCAAUCUUUCUCAGUUGUUUUCCUUUACUGGUUAUACUACGUUUCAUGAUUUUGGCUGUCAACGAAUCUGUUAUAUUAGCAUAUAAUUAAGUCCUAUAUAUUAAAUCUAUAUACUAGUAUUAAUAAUCUUGCAUUAUUUUGAGUCUAUUAUAACUAGUUGGGUCCUGCUAUAACCCUACAACUCUCUCUUGAUUGCUCUUUAUAAUAAUUAAGAAUCUCUGCACUCUGUUACUUGUGUUUUUGUUGCUGCUGUUGUUGGAUUAUAUGGCUUCCUCUAGUGGAACAUCUUCAGGUUCAAGUUUGCUGCAAAACUCAGGCUCUGAAGAAGAUUUGCAGGCACUGAUGGAUCAAAGAAAGAGGAAGAGGAUGAUCUCAAAUCGAGAAUCGGCAAGAAGAUCAAGAAUGAGAAAACAGAAGCAUUUGGAUGAUCUAAUGGCACAAGUGGCUCAGCUAAGGAGAGAAAACCAGCAGCUCAUCACAAGUAUCAAUAUCACUACACAACAUUACUUAAAUGUUGAAGCUGAUAACUCUAUACUUAGAGCUCAGGUCGGGGAACUUAGCCACAGAUUAGAGUCCUUGAAUGAGAUUAUCAGCUUCUUGAGCGCUGGCAAUAAUGGUGGUUAUGGAGACGCAACAGCAACUACUUUCAAUGAACCUGCUGCUGAUAGUUUCUUCAAUCCAUUGAGUAUGUCAUUUCUGAAUCAGCCCAUAAUGGCAUCUGCAGCUGAUAUUUUCCAGUACUAGGACAGACCCAUCUCAAGAUUCCCGGUCUUCAAUGGAAUGGUGAGGAGAAAAUAAAGAGAGAGAGAGAGAGAGAGAGAGAGAAGAAAUAAUGUGAUUUUCUUCCAAACUUAGUGUUCCAAAGCUUAAAGAAUUAAGAUGAUUAGAGAGUGGUUAAGAAUUAAUUAAUUUAAGGAAUAAGGAUGCUUUUGUUGUUAGAACAAAAAGGGAUUUGUGAUGAUUAGUAUUUGGUCUGUAAAUUGUGGGGUUCAUGCUGUGUAAUAUCAAUGGUUGAAUGGCUAUUUAUGAAAUCAUCGUCAUGCAGUAGUUUCUAUAUCUA